ACAAACCGCAGGCCAGCCACUUUCCCUGUGUUUCAGUUUUCCUCUUAGCAGAGGGGAUAAUAAAAUUACCCAGCACUCAGGAAUGCUGUAGCUUUAAUUCAUUAAUAUCUAUAAGGAGCUUAGAGAUCCUCCACCAUAAGGGGCUCUGGAAACGCCAACAGAAAUGCUUUGCAUCCCAUUGCUGUUCUCCGACUUUCAAAAUUUCCCGACUGAAUCCACCCAUUCAAGUCAUUUGAGUUCUGAAUUUCCUGACUCGGCAAACUCGAAUCAGCUUUUCACCAUGAUCCCAGGAGCGAAAACGUGCUCUUUGUCAGCGGGAGGAAUCGGGGAGCAGCACUAGGCGGGCUGUGUGCCGCCCGAGCCAGCCGCAGCUCGGGCACCUGCUGGCACUCACGAGUCUGAAUGCACUGAAUGCACGCGGAGAUGCUGGUUUUGCAAACAAAUGGAUUUUGUAAAUCCUGUUAACGUUUCUGUCUGUAAGAGCUUCCCAGCAGAAAAGGAGCGUGUCCACGUAGGUUUCUGGUCGUGACAGAUGAGACAUGAGAUCUUCAGCUUCCAGGCUUUCAAGCUUUUCUUCAAGAGAUUCACUAUGGAAUCGGAUCAUGCCGGACCAGAUCACCGUGUCGGAGUUCAUCGCCGAGACCACAGAGGAUUACAACUCCCCGACCACCUCCAGCUUCACCACCCGCCUGCAGAACUGCAGAAACACGGUCACGCUGCUGGAAGAGGCAUUGGAUCAAGACAGAACUGCACUACAGAAGGUGAAAAAAUCUGUGAAAGCAAUAUAUAAUUCGGGGCAAGAUCAUGUUCAAAACGAAGAAAACUAUGCACAAGUACUAGAUAAAUUUGGAAGUAAUUUUUUAAGUCGGGAUAAUCCAGAUCUUGGCACAGCUUUUGUAAAAUUUUCCACACUUACUAAAGAAUUAUCAACGCUGCUGAAGAACCUGCUCCAGGGUUUAAGCCACAAUGUUAUUUUCACUUUGGAUUCUCUCUUGAAAGGAGACUUGAAAGGUGUUAAAGGGGACCUCAAAAAGCCUUUUGACAAAGCCUGGAAGGAUUAUGAAACCAAAUUUACAAAAAUUGAAAAGGAAAAAAGAGAACAUGCAAAACAGCAUGGGAUGAUAAGAACUGAAAUAACCGGAGCUGAGAUAGCAGAGGAAAUGGAGAAGGAAAGGCGGCUAUUUCAGCUACAGAUGUGUGAAUAUCUUAUUAAGGUUAAUGAAAUCAAGACAAAAAAAGGUGUGGACCUUCUGCAGAACCUUAUUAAGUAUUAUCAUGCACAAUGCAAUUUCUUCCAAGAUGGCUUGAAAACAGCUGAUAAACUUAAACAAUAUAUUGAAAAGUUGGCUGCUGACUUAUAUAAUAUAAAGCAGACACAAGAUGAAGAAAAGAAGCAACUUACUGCUCUUCGUGAUUUGAUAAAAUCUUCUCUGCAGCUUGAUCAGAAGGAGUCUAGGAGAGAUUCACAGAGCAGGCAAGGAGGAUAUAGCAUGCAUCAGCUUCAGGGGAAUAAGGAAUAUGGCAGUGAGAAGAAAGGUUAUCUUUUAAAGAAGAGUGAUGGGUUAAGGAAAGUAUGGCAAAGAAGAAAGUGCACUGUUAAAAAUGGAAUUCUUACCAUAUCACAUGCAACGUCCAACAGGCAACCAGCUAAACUGAAUUUACUGACCUGCCAGGUGAAGCCAAAUGCUGAAGAUAAGAAGUCUUUUGAUCUAAUAUCACAUAACAGAACAUACCACUUUCAAGCAGAAGAUGAACAGGAAUACGUAGCAUGGAUAUCAGUAUUGACUAACAGCAAAGAAGAAGCAUUAAAUAUGGCAUUCCGUGGAGAGCAGAGCACAGGGGAGAACAGUUUAGAGGAUCUGACAAAAGCCAUUAUUGAUGACAUACAGAGAUUACCCGGAAAUGAAGUCUGUUGUGAUUGUGGCUCACCAGAUCCAACAUGGCUAUCAACUAAUUUGGGCAUUUUAACCUGCAUUGAGUGUUCUGGAAUACAUAGGGAAAUGGGUGUCCAUAUUUCUCGAAUCCAGUCUUUGGAAUUAGACAAAUUAGGAACGUCUGAACUCUUGCUGGCCAAGAAUGUAGGAAAUACUAGUUUUAAUGAUAUUAUGGAGGGGAAUUUACCUAGUCCUUCACCUAAACCCAGUCCAUCAAGUGAUAUGACUGCACGUAAAGAAUUUAUCACUGCUAAAUAUGUGGAUCAUAAGUUCUCUAGGAAGACUUGUGCAUCUGCAGCAGCUAAACUGAGUGAAUUACUUGAGGCUGUCAAAUCCAGGGAUUUACUUGCACUAAUUCAAGUCUAUGCAGAGGGAGUAGAGCUAAUGGAGCCACUGUUAGAGCCUGGACAGGAGCCAGGUGAAACAGCACUUCAUUUAGCAGUCCGGACUGCUGACCAAACCUCUCUCCAUCUGGUUGACUUCCUUGUACAAAACUGUGGAAACCUGGAUAAGCAGACGGCAUUGGGUAAUACGGUUCUACACUACUGCAGUAUGUAUAAUAAGCCUGAGUGUUUGAAAUUGCUUUUGAGGGGGAAGCCAACUAUUGAUGUAGUAAACCAAGCUGGAGAGACGGCUCUGGACACAGCAAAAAGAGUGAAAGCUGUCCAGUGCGAAGAACUGCUUUCUCAAGCCAAGGCAGGAAAGCUAAACCCACACGUCCAUGUAGAGUAUGAAUGGAAUCUUCGGCAGGAAGAAAUUGAUGAAAGCGAUGAUGACUUAGAUGAUAAGCCUAGUCCUAUAAAAAAAGAAAGAUCUCCAAGACCCCAAAGCUUUUGUCACUCUUCGAGCAUUUCUCCCCAAGACAAAUUGACUCAUCCUGCAUUUAGCACUCCUAGAGACAAGCAAAGACUCUCCUACGGAGCUUUUACCAAUCAGAUCUUUGCUUCUACAAGCACAGAUUCACCCACCUCUCCAACUGCAGACGCUCCUCCUCUCCCUCCUAGAAAUGCUGGCAAAGGCCCACCUUCAACCCUCCCUCUAAGCACUCAAACCUCUAGUGGCAGCUCCACUCUUUCCAAGAAGAGACCACCUCCCCCACCCCCAGGACACAAAAGAACCCUCUCUGACCCACCAAGCCCACUACCUCAUGGACCCCAGAAUAAGGGCCCAAUUCCUUGGGGUAAUGAUUUGGGCCCACCUUCAACUAAGGCUGCAAACAAGUUUGAGGGGAUGUCUCAGCAGUCAAGCACUGGGACUGCAAAGACUGCACUUGGCCCUAGAGUUCUUCCCAAACUACCUCAAAAAGUGGCACUAAGAAAAAUAGAAACCAGUCAUCAUCUUUCAAUAGAUAAAUCCCAUCAGCACACGGAAAUCUUUCAGAAGCCCUCGCUGUCCAUCGAUAUACCACAGAAACCACAACCUGGAGACUUGCCCCCAAAGCCUCUGCCUCUGGAAUUAACUCAGAAACCUCAAGUGGGAGAAUUACCCCCAAAGCCUGUAGAACUGCCCCCAAAGCCUCAGCUAGGAGACUUGCCACCAAAACCACAACUUGGAGACUUACCUCCAAAGCCGCAAAUGAAGGACCUUCCUCCCAAACCUCAGCUAGGAGAGCUGUUGGCGAAAACUCAAGGUGGAGAAGCCUCAGCGAAGCCACAGCCCUCAGAGGCAAAUCAAAAAUCUCACUCCUUAGAUCUUUCUCCAAACGUACAAUCCAGAGACACCGUCCAAAGGCAAGCAUCUGAAGAGUCGAAUGACAUAACACACACCCUGCCAGAAACCCCUGUGCCACUUCCCAGGAAAAUAAAUAUGGGGAAAAACAAAGUAAGGCGAGUGAAGACCAUUUAUGACUGUCAGGCAGAUAAUGAUGAUGAGCUCACGUUUGUUGAAGGAGAAGUAAUUAUUGUAACUGGUGAAGAGGACCAAGAGUGGUGGAUUGGCCACAUCGAAGGACAGCCAGAGAGGAAAGGGGUCUUUCCAGUGUCCUUUGUGCACAUUCUGUCAGACUAGUAAAACAAACAAACAAACAAAAUCCUAAACUUGAGCAUUGCACAUUCUUCAUGCAAGACGGGCUUUUUAGCAAAAGCGAACGCUGCUGCCUCCCUGUAAUCCUGUGCACAACUGUAUAUAUAGCUGCUGUUACAAAUUAAGAAUUCAUUUAAGUUUCACCUCAUGAGGUUGAAUUAUAUGUAUUGUAAAUAUACUGUGUUAUUCUGCCUUCGCCAGUAUUAUGGUAGCCUUGGAACCUGGCACGCCUUAUUGGGUUCGUUGAAGCCAUCCUCGGCAUCUAGCACUUACAUCUCUGUCUUUGCUGUUCAAAAUCCGUAGGAACUGCCAGCUUUCCAAACGUAGGUGGUCUCCGUCAACCAUGUAACUGUACAGAAAUGACUGUUCCUAAUAACUCGGUAUUCUCAAUAUACAGUUAGCAGAAAGUUAGAAUGAGUGAAUGGUUUUGGACAAUUUAAAAAUCAGCCUGCAGUUUCUAAGUGUAUGCAGUUUACAGCUAUAAAACCCACUUCAGUAUUUAUUUAAUAUAGUGCUCAGUUAAGUGUAAUUAUGAAGACAAAUAUUCACUGACUUUACAGAUAACAGUAAUGUUUUAUGGUGUGCAUACAGCAUUUCAUGUUUAUACUAUGUGGACCUAUGCCAAACUGUGAUUGCAGUUCCCCUGUGAUAUUACCUCACUAUAAAAAGUUACAAAUUUAUUUCAUUCGAAAACUUCUUUUAAUGAAAAUUAGUCCUAUUGUUCUUUAGUAGAUAUAUGUGAAAUUUGCUGGUUUCUUUCACUGAAUUCUUAGUAACCAAGGACUUCUAGAAAACGUUAACUGUUGACAUUAUGCAUGCAUUUAGACGCUUACUUGAAACCUGCCUUUGUACAAAAGUAGUCCUGUAGUCAUAUAGCUACAUUUGAGGAAAAGAACAUUUUAACUUAGUUGCUAUUCAGAUUAACGUGAGCUUGCGACAGUAUUUGUUUAUAGCUAAAUUGGCUCUUGGAAAAAAGAUUUUGUGGGUUGUUUUUUUUUUUUUUCCCCCCCUCUGUCUUCAACCUUGCUAAAAGUUAGUUACCUAAAAUAAAAUUUCUUAAGUGGUAAUAUAAGGAUAAAUUUAAAUUAUUUUUAAUCGCUCUAAAAAGUGGAAGUUGAGACGACCUCUCAUGCCUUUGAUCAGGCUGUUAAUGGCAGAACCCAGAUCACAAGUAUCAGGCUGGUUUUAGCGGAGUUCACCAAACUGUGACUGUCGUAGUCUUCGUUCAAAGCACCGAGCAACAGACAGACUGUUACAAAGCUAAUUUCGAAGAAAAUCUGUGGAUGGCUGCAUUUUACCUGAGGUUUCUUGAAAGUUGGUAUGAAGUUGCAUUGCCAGAAGACACUUCAAUGCGUUACCGAAACCUUUCAUUUCCUAUGUCACUUCCAACGUCCUUUUUUAACUUUGAAGCAUAACGCAGUUGUGUUCUCCCCAUGGUUUGUCCGUAGCAGGUUCCAUGACUUUCGUACGUAGUUUUGUAUUACUCGCUUUAAAUGUUAUUUUGGCUUCAGUACCUAGUACUGCGAUUUCAAAGCAGAUUGUCUCGGCUGCCUGGAAAGAUUUACAUUUCAUCAAAACACAUCUCAGUCUUUCUGAGGGCUUUCAUUUUUAAUUCAGUUUUACGAGACUGUAGUCAGUGAAUAUUUAAUUCUGUUUGUGGUUACGAUAGAAACAAGUAUCAGUCUAAACCCCACAUGGAAAAAACGCAAAACAUUUAUUAACUGUUAAUGGGUUUUAUCAUUUAUAACAAAAGUUUAUUGGGGAAAAAAAUACAAUUACGCAAUGAGUGAGCAAGCCUGCUGGCAUCUAAUCUUCAGUAUUACCAGCUCCAGUAUUUCAGACUUUAUUCUGGUUUUUUAUGGAAAGGAAGUCAGGAUUAGCAUUUAUUUAGCAUUCCAUUUUAUCCAUUACUACAAUGUUUUAAGUUGCAUUAAAGAACAAAACCUAUUCACUUUUGUGGUCAAUUGUAUUUUUAAGUGAUCUUGAAAUAAACUGAUGAAAGCAAAUCACAUAAAGAAAACCUAGGCAUGUAAAAUUAUGUAGAGUCAAAUGUCUAUUCUUUUCUACGCUCUUUAAAAUAGUAUACAUAUGCAUUUUAUAAAAUUAAAUGAGUUCCAUCGGGAACAAUAGUUCUGUUUAUUCUGGCUUAUUGUGGGUCAUAAGAAAUCUGAAAAUGUAUGAUAUUGAUUGAGUUUAAGUACAGUAUUAUAUUUGAACUCAAUGAGCCACUGUCUGCAAUUUUGUACAUGACAUAGUAUUUGGAAAGUCUAAAUCUUUAUGGAAAAUUAGCUGAUAAGGGGUUGGGGGGAGGGGCAGGGGAAGGUGCCCCCAGAGGGGGAAGUAUGCUCUGCAGAUGAUGUCUUAUUUACUGUUGAACAACAGUUGCUAUUUAUUUUUUUAUUACAUAGUACAUCAACGUGUACAGAAAUCCGAUCUGGUCAUGCCACUAGUUAAAAUCUUGACUUCUCAUUGAAUGUUAAGGUAAAACAUCAGUACACAUGUCUAUUCACAUGUAUUUAAUGUGACAGUUUUUGAGUACUGUAUGUGUUAAUUUCUACUUUUUUAAUAUUUAAAAUUGCUUUUAAAUAAAUGUAUUCAGUUGAUCCCAGAUAUCUGAACGAGGCCCUUUUGUCAACUGGAAUAUCUUCUAGGGAGAAAGUCUGGAUUCCAAACAGGUAGACUUUAAAACACUUGAAAUGUUUUCUCUUGAUUAUGGAGCACCCCUUAUAUAAUGCAACUAAAUGUGUAUCUCUUUAACAGCUGUUAAAUAUGGAUGCAAUUGCCUUUAUCUGGAAAACUUUACUUACUAAAGCUAGCAUCAAAACACUUAUUUUGUCCAUGAGUUUCCGUUGCUUUCUCCCUGGCUUCAGUAGGCUCUCUGGAAAGCCAGCCCCGUGCGUCUUGUCUUCUGCAGCUGCCCUUUGGGUUGAAAAGAACCGCUCGGCGUGUCCCUCUGUCCCUCUGUGCCUCUCCUCUGUCCGUGGGCAGCAGCAGGAUUCCCGACCCCGACAGCAGCUCCCAAAGCGACUCGGGCAGUACUAACCCCUCCCGGGUGCAGUGACUUUAUGGCUUAGCAUUUCAGCUCCCACCCAGCUUGCAGAGUUUAAUUUUCCCCUCCCUGACUCUGUUCUUGGAAGUUUUUCAUUUUGACUUUCACCUCUCGAAACUGCUCCAGAAAGAACAA